CGCGCCCGUCGCCGACCUCACUCCGCGAGCGCGUCAUUGAACAACAAGACUCGCUGUAUGGCAGUCGUGCUACUGCCAAUAUGAAAGAUAAGCUCAGUAACACUCAUACUAAAUUCGCGUUAGUGGAAUUCAAAUGUUAUCUUUGUUUUACAAAUUAUUUAUUUUUAUAGUGUUAUUACAUGUAAAACCAUAUUUUAUUUAUUAGCGAAUGAUAGUUAAAUAUUAUAGAGCGCUUUACGGGUGUUGUAAUCUCCGUGUAUUGCCCUGUGAUUGUUUUGUUAAAUAUUUUAAGCUUCAAGCCAAGUUAAAGUGUGUGGCAGUGUAACCAUCAAGAUCGUUAUAACAAUGAUAGUGUGAUCGAUUCGUUUACAAUUAACUCCAACGUCGUGUCAUCGAAGAACCAAGUAUACAACACGGCUCUAUCAUCUGUAGAAACAUACAAUAUCAUUGUGGACAACACUGAUCCAAAUAUGUGUUGUGAUUUACAGAUGCUCUCGGUCCAAGUGCCGGGGUGCGCGGGAAUGGAGCGGCUGGGAGCGCCGGGGGGGCCGCGGCUACGACAUCACCACACCGCACUGGAAUGGGAGAAGCAGCAAAGGCUGCAGGCGAUGGUCGGUCGCCUGCAGGAGAUGGUGGAGCAAGAGACGCGUGCGAGGUCCGCCGCGGCAGCAGAGCGGCUGGGACUUCCCCCCAGCAUACAGCUUCCAGACGGAGAGUACGGUCAGGACGCGCAUCUUCAGCUGCGAGUCCCAUAUCAGGUCCCAAGCCGAGCUGACCAGAAGCAGUUUUCAACCUCCACCCAACAAAUGCGUGAGCGACGUGCCCGAAUGGGCCGGCGCGGUGGACGCGCCGGGCGGGCGGCGGGGCGGCGCCGCGGGGCCGGGGGGCUCCAAGAAGGACGGCCUCCUCCAGAAGGCCACGCGGUGGUGGGUCCGCAUGGGCGCGCGCCCCCCUCCCGCGCUGCUGCCCCGCGCGGCGCCCCCGCCCUGCGUCAUGGUGCCGCGCCGCGCGCCGCCCCCCGACGCGUGACGCACCCGCGUCGCCGCACCUCUCUACCAUAUCACGCUUACAUUCCAUUAUCGGGACGUUCAGACUCGCCAGUGUGCACGCGCGUCCCGGAGUAUUAUAGACUUGCUAAUUUAUUUAUUUGGGACUGUGGCGGCCGCCGGGCGCGCGCUCGAACGCGUACUUUGUGAUAUGUGAUGGGCUCGUUGUGUGACAGUGACAGCUGACAGCUGACAUCUGACAGCCGGCCGUUCGGUGAGGCGGGAGACGCGGCGCCGACAGCCGCGCCGCACCAGGAGUAACUAGUCUUGAUACUUUAAUCGGUUUAGAAAUAGGUGUAAUUGUUUCUAUUGAAGUUGUAUGACACGAGACGAGGUUCCGCUGCCCGCAAUUGGCUGCUGCGUUAUAGGUGUGUAUGGCAUGGCAUAGUGUGCGUCUGUAUUCCUCGCGCUGUCUUUGAGUUUAAAAAAAAACGAAGACUGAAAUAAAAAUAUAACACUUUAAAAUCUACAUUGAAAAACAUGUUGUCUUAGCUAAAAUUGAUUCAUAUAGAAACAAUUAAUUAAAAAUAUAAAUAUUUUAUGAAUCUAUCGAUUUGAACCUUCAAUGUUAUCGUGUAAUACUAUGAAAGGGUCAGUCAAUAGCAUGCUAAUGUAUCUCCGACUGCAAUGUACACAUUCAUGUCUAAGUAACCUAUUUAAAUGUUUAAUUUCUAUCCAGCAGCUAUUAAUCUGUGUUUAAACAACUUUUAUAUUUAUUUAUAAUUACGAUAUUGUAUAAAAUAAUGCAUAUCAGUACAGUUAUGGCAAGGAAUAUUAAUUUACAGAGCAUAGUGACUAUUUUAUUGUAAAUAUUGUGUCUAAUUUAUGUAAUAGUAGAGUAAAAUAAUUAUGACCAACCGCCAAAAAACGACGGUCAGAACAAAUGAGUGUUUGCUACAUUCCAUAUUUAUGUUGAAUUAUUUCGAUGCGUACUGUACUUGCUUUAUCUGCUCGUUUUGUAACAAGCUCACGGUUAACGGUACCCCCACCACUCCUACCAUCCUACCACUACCAGCAGUAACUUGUGACUCCUAAAGUAUCGGACAAUAAUCGAUAAUAGUGAGUAAUGUUAUCGCUGCAGAUAAAACUCAUUAGGGAAUAGUCGUUGUUUAAAUGAUAUUGGUUGUUUUAGUUUUAAAAUAAGGGUAUGUUCCGAUAUGCACUGCGACCACUGUACAGUAUGACGUCAAUUUAGUAUACUGUGAAGCCGUUCCUUUAUACAGUUACACUGGUUACGAUUUAAAACGGAACGCAAUCCCGUAUACUAUCAGCUGCAUUUUUUGACGCAGCAUUCAAACGAGAGUAUUAAAGUUUUCUAGUUCAUUAAAAAAAAUUGUUGUUGAAGUACUGUCAAAUUAUAAAUAUUUGGGAUUAAACUGUAGGUAUUGUUUAUAAAACGUUAGGCACUCGAGUGGUUUUGACUGAUCACGUGAUCAAAGUACUGCGAGUGCCUUACCUCGAAAACGCCAGUGCUCACAGUAGAAUAUGGCGGCGAUUUAUGACGUCAUAUAUUUCCCUAGGGUACCGCGGCAGUAUACUGGCAGUCCAUAACGGAACGAAUUUUUCUACAGUGAUAGCACUGUGCAGUGCUCGCAGUGCAUAUCGGAACAUACCCUAAGAAUGUAUUUAUUAUGAGAUGUUUAAUUCUAAGACUGGUAUCUCACCCUGCUUGCUGGUUCGAAUAUAUGUUAGAUAUUAUAUAUAUAAUGCAUAUUGGUGCUAAUGCUUUCCCAUAGUAUGAAAAUGUAUAAACGUUGAAACAAAUUGUAUGAAUUUAUUUUUGUUUACUUCUUGAGGUGAACAAAUAUUAGAAAUCAUUGCAACACCUUAUCAUGGUGUGUAUUGGUAGGUAUAGUUAAUUCUUUAUUUAUAGAAAAAUUAUUCACAAAUUAAUUUUACUCCUUGUUUAAAAGAAUUUAAGUUAUUUUCUUCACAAUAGACUAUCAAUAAGUUAGUGUGCCUGUAUUUUUAUUUUUAAAUUAAACAAUGCACCAACCUUAAAUUGAGGAUUGAUAUCCGCUCCGCUCCAACUAGAUACCGCAUUACCUAAGAACAAUAGCUUUAUUAUUAAGGCAACUAUUAGAUGCUUGUGUGCGUGACAUCUUGACACUCAAUGGAAUCUUUCAAAAAUUUGUAGCAUACUCUUCGUUUUAUUUUACAUUGAAAUUAAAAAAAAAUACAAAAUACUUACUCAUGAUAUGUGAUCCCAGUGUCUUUCUUAUUUCUUGUAGUAUUAUCUUUACAAAGUUUUACUACGCAACCCGGCAUUUUAGUUUCAAUUAUUAGCAAAGUUUAACAGAAGAUGUGGCACGUCAACGUCACAUUGUUCGAGACUGACUCGAGUACGCCCAUAGUGAUAUUAGUUGCCGCACUUUUCGACUACGUCUGCGGUAUCUAGUUGGAGCGCAGCGGAGACCAAUUCUUAAUCCAAGGCACCAACUCCAUCACAAAAUAUUUUGGCUGUUAACAAUGCUAAAACUAAUGACAUUAUAAUUUUGUUGUACAAUUUGUAAAGCAAUUUCGAACCGUCUGUAGAAUGAGUUAGUGUAAACUGUUAAGAAUUACUUCUGUAAACGACUUUAAUUAUUUAUUGGCAUUAUUUAUUCGUACAAGUUUCGUCUAUUAUAUUCGAAAUCCAGCCAAUAUUGGCGUUUUAUUUAAUAAUAACAUAAUAUUUAUAGAAAAUAUUUGUUUUAUCGAUUCUGGCUCAUCGUAAUACUCCGGCUUUUAUUAAAAUUAUUUGUUUAAAAUGACUAUGGGAUUUGUUUUGAUCUUUUAUACGUCUAGAUUGUCUCUUGACGUCAUGUGGCAAACAUGUUCUUAAUAAUAUUUAUGUAACAUCAAUCUAACAUGUUUACGCAAAUAAAAACUUUGACUUUGCUGUGAGAAAACUGAUAAAAACAGGCCAGGUCAAUAUUAGUUAAGUGUGCGUGACAAGCUACGUCUUACACUCGCGAUUUGUUACACUUUGUGUUAGUGUGCGUGAAUUGCUCAAAAUAGAGGUUAGUUCUAAACUCAAUUUUGACGUUCUCACAGCUGUAUUAGUCUAUUAAGACAGCUGAGCACUAAACACACCACGGUCAGCGCUCAUUAGUCGAACACUAAAUCCAGCCUAAAGUAAUAAACUUGGCCUGUUUUCAUCAGUUAUCUAGCAGAGGCUCUAUAUAGUUUAAGCAUGAAAUCUAAAUUGAUUUGUAUUUAAGUGUUAAGCAAAUCAUGUGUCAGAAGAAGCCGGAGCAUUACGAGUGAUUGGCGGCUAACUGCAAGCGAAAUUAAACUUUAUGUAUACAAACAAUGUGUUCCGAUUUAAUAUAAGUAAAUAUAUUUGUUAAUAACUCUAAUUGUGUACAAAGUAUCUAAUAUGUGACCCAUCUAAAUGUUAACUGGCAUCAGUAAAAGCGAUUGUAUGUUCUGUUCGCUUUCAAACUCAGCCGGAUUAUUCGUCGCAAUAUUGUAAUUACUAUUUCAAACUUAUGUCAAAUCACUACACGAUUCAUUUUAAACUAAAUUUCAAUUUUUUCUCAGGCAGUCCUGCCUGUUAUUACUUAAUAUUUACAUCCUCUUUGUACAUUCUAAAUAACCGUAUCAUUUCAUCUGUCAUUGUUGAUUCAAAUGACAUUAAAAUGACAGCUGAGUUUUAUAUAGACAAACCACAGAUCUGCUAGAACUUAAAUUCCUCAAUUUACCGUUUUGGCGCUUAUCGCAAUUGCAACUGUGAAAUGUGAGUGUACUUAUUCCAGUACUAUAAUAUGUUUUUUUUUUAUGUUAUAAAUAUGUAGUUUUAAUGCCGCUAAGUUUUGUUAGUCUGCAUGCAUCCCUCGGGCCUAGAGUUAUAGGUUAUACAUAGGGUUACCAACUUUUUGUCGGUCAAAAUAGUAGUUCUAAAUUAUUGCCCUCAAAAAUAUAUAAUAUGUAUAAUAGGUAAAUAACAAAAAAUUAAGAAAAAAAAAAACAAUAUUUUUUUUUCUACUUUUAACUUUUUUUUUUAAUAAUUUUUAAUUUUAAAAUAUGCAUCGUAUCUUAUAUUGCUUUAAGUUUGAAGCCUUUGAAAUAUAGUAGUUCCACCUGCUAUAUACUUUUUUGAAAAGUGGGGCCUUUGAUACAGUAUGAUACUAUAUUAUAUAGUAGGGUUGGCAACUUCCGAAGAAACGACCGGGUUGGUUGGUAAUGUGAAAGCUAGCAGAAACCAAUUCGACACGUGUUUCGCUCUAACACGAGACAUCCUCAAGAACUGUUUACUGGCCCAACUAUGGAUAACUUAUGAAACGAGUCUCUCAUUCCAGCUCAGUGGUAUCUGAUUCCUCGGUGGAGGAUAACUUAAAUACCCUAACUCGGAGCCUUUGCGUUCUGCAUAUAGACUUACAAAACUUAGUAGAAUUAACACUUAUCAUAUUUAUUCAUAAUAUUUAUAUUAGUUUGGAUUUCUGCAGUAUACCACCUCAUAAUUAUUCAUACAUUUUCUUUAAUGUGAUGUCAAAAUAGUGUACUGAAAUCUUAGAUCAUUUUUAGGUAUAGAUAUACAGCUGUGAAAACGUAGAAAUAAAUUGAGUUCACUACUAUCUUCUAUUUUGAGUAAUGCUCGCACACUAACACAAAGUGUCAUACAAAUCGCAAGUGUAAGACGUAGCGUGUCACGCACACUAAACUAAUAUUCCUGACCUGUUUUCAUCGGUUGUCUAGUAGCAAGAGGCUCUUCCUAGACAUAUAAAUUAUCUAAGAUAUUGUUUUAAUAAAAAAAUAUGCAAGAUAUAAUUAUUGAGGUCAGUGGAAGUAUUCAUAUUCUUACCUAUAAUUUGACAAGCGAUUGCCAUCUUCGACAGGUCACAUAUUAAAUAUCUUGACUAAACUUGAGUUGGAGAAGCAGAACUUGCAUUAAAUAAACAUUAUCUCCAUCCAAGCAUCCAAUAUACCUAAAGAAUUCAAAAAUACACUGAGAAUUAUAUUUCAAGUCAGCUAUUUAUUUUGAUGUGUUCAGCCAGUCCAGUUUUCUUCACAGUAUCAUAUAUACCUAUACUAAGUUCAAACUGGAAAAAUAAUGUUUGUAAACAAAAAACUGCCAAAAAUUAAAAUAAAAUUCAAUUAUUAUCAUCAUGUAAUAAGAAAUGUCAUGGCAUAUCCAUACUACAUAACAAUUAUAUAAGCAUCGCAAAAUUAUCCAGUAUUGAAUUAGUUAUGUAUAAUAAAAAAAAGUAAUAAUUAAUAUAUAGUCAAUGUUUGUUUACAAAUUUUCUUUAUACAAUUUGGCUGAUAUAAAUAGUAAUGCAAUAAGCGGUGGUAAAAGCGGUCGUUGUACAAAAUGCUAUAAUUAAAAUAUAAAAGUUGUUUAAAAUAGUGCCACAGAGUAGAUAUUAUUAAAUAUAGAUAACAAUAUUCCAUUUGUCAUUAUAUAAAUAAGUGAAAGAAAAGCAAAUUAUUAAUAAUAAAAAACUGCAUUAAAUUAUGACCUACCAGUAAAA